AUGGCGCCAACAAGGUUGGCAUCAAAGCCAAUCGGCGUCAAUGAAAACAUGAAUGGUUUGCUUGGCCAUGGGAUAACCACGAGGAGUAAACAGUUAGCUUCUUUAAAGACUAACAAUCUAAAAGUUCCAAAUAAGAGGAAAGCAGACAGUCCUUUAAAAGAUGCUACUGCAAAGCGGGCAGCGUUUGGAGACAUUACCAAUGCCUUAAAUAAAACCAGCGCUCCUGGAGACAAGGAUAAGUGUACCUUGGCGUUGAAGAAGGUUACUGUGGAGAGUAAAGUGCUCCCAGCUGUUAAGAGCAUCAAGCCACAGAUAACAGCUGUGAAUGGUAAAACCUCCAAAGCAAAGUCUAUCCAGAGAGUAGCCACAAAUGCCAUUGAUGCUGUCCAGAAGCAUUUUACUAAGGAUCUUCAGAAGGCUGUUGCUACUAGGGCUCAGAAUGGCAUCCUCAAGAAUUACGAUAAUAAAAAAGAAAAAGUGAAUCAAAGCCAGAAUUCUGCCAAAUCAGCCAGGAGUGAUGUAUCUGAACCGUCACUUUAUGUGACGGCCCUGGAAACUACCAGUUCAGCUGAAACAUCAAAAGAGGAAUACAAGACGAUCAGUGAAAAACUGAAUAAAGUUAACUUAGAUGACACAGUGUGUUCCUUGGAUGAUGAGACGGAAGUGCCUCACAAGCCUCCCACAGGUGUCAAUGACUUUGACCUUGAGAACUGGAAUGACCCCUACCAGGUUUCCAACUAUGCCAUGGAUAUAUUCAACUAUUUGAGGAGUAGAGAAGUGCAGUUUCCAAUAGACGACUACCUUCAAAGAAUGAAGGGGAUCACAUCCUGGAUGAGGGCCCUCCUCGUUGACUGGAUGGUUGAGGUUCAGGAGAGUUUUGAAUUAAACCACGAGACCCUAUAUCUAGCUGUUAAGCUAGUUGAUUUGUUUCUGACACGGUCAUCUAAAACUCUGCCGGAGAAAGAUCAUCUGUCAAAGGAGGAGCUGCAGCUACUUGGUGCUUCUGCGCUAUUUAUUGCGUCGAAGUUUGACGAACGCAUCCCCCCUCUCGUGGACGAUUUCCUGUACAUCUGCGACGGCGCCUACACCCUCAGUCAACUGCUUAAGAUGGAAAUGAACAUCCUUCGUGUAAUAGACUAUGACCUUGGAAUCCCUCUUUCUUAUCGGUUCCUCAGGAGAUACGCCAGGUGUGCACGCGUAUCAAUGCCCACGUUAACUCUGGCGCGGUUCGUAUUGGAGCAGUGCCUGUUGGAGUACACCUUGCUGGAACAUUCCGACAGCAAAAUGGCGGCGGCCGCCUUGUACAUCGCUCUAAGGAUGAAGAAUAUUGGACACUGGACUUCAACAUUGCAGUACUACACAGGAUACUCCCUCAAAGAAAUACUCCCGGUUGCGCUCCUACAAAACGCUACGCUACACAAGAAACCCAAAUCGGCAAUCAGCACGGUGAGGAACAAGUAUUCCCACACUAUUUUUUUCGAAGUCGCCAAGGUACCUCUAAUCGAAGACUCUACGUUGAUGUCCAGCUGA